AUGGUCGAUGGAGAGUCCAGGAAAAUGAAGUCUGUCUCCACGGAGGUCGCAGAGGCACUGCCCACAGGUUUGGAUACUGCUCUUCCCCCCGAUAUGCUUCGUGCCAUUAUACAGAACCGAGGCUCCAAUCCAAAGGAAGAAGAAAGGAAGAAGGUGAAUAUCUAUAUCUUGCCAGUGGCUGAAGGCGAUGGAAGAACUAACUAG